AUGUCGUCAGAACUAGAUAAACACCCAGGAUUGGCCAAACAGGACUUGGACAAGAUCGGAAUUGAAAAUCUCGAACCAUUAACUCCUGAGGUUAUAUCUCGACAAGCCACCAUCAACAUCGGAACUAUCGGACACGUAGCCCACGGAAAAUCAACCCUUGUCAAGGCUAUCUCUGGAGUUCAUACUGUCAAAUUCAAAAAUGAAUUGGAGAGAAAUAUUACUAUCAAGUUAGGUUAUGCUAACGCCAAGAUCUACCGGUGUUCCAACCUGGAGUGUCCUCGUCCUGGAUGCUACAAGUCGGCUGGUUCAUCUACUCCUGAUGAAAUUCCUUGUGAAAGACCAGGAUGUGGUGGAAAAAUGAAGUGUGUCCGUCAUGUAUCUUUUGUUGAUUGCCCUGGUCACGACAUUCUUAUGGCUACUAUGUUGAACGGAGCAGCUGUUAUGGAUGCCGCUUUCCUACUUGUUGCAGGUAAUGAACCAUGUCCUCAACCACAGACAUCGGAACAUUUGGCUGCUGUUGAAAUCAUGCAACUUCAAAAUUUACUUAUUCUUCAAAACAAAGUUGAUAUUAUCAAAGAAUCACAGGCUCGUGAGCAGUAUGAUCAAAUCAAGUCAUUUGUUCAAGGAACUGUUGCUGAUAGUGCUCCCGUUAUUCCAAUUUCUGCACAAUUGAAAUAUAACGUCGACUUGGUUUGCGAAUAUUUGUGCAAGAAAGUUCCCAUUCCUCCUCGUGAUUUCACUUCUCCUGCUCGAUUAAUCGUUAUUAGAUCUUUCGAUGUAAACAAGCCUGGUUCGGAAGUUGAAGACCUUAAUGGUGGAGUAGCAGGAGGAUCUAUCUUGAGAGGAGUUCUUCGUGUUGGGCAAGAAAUUGAAGUUAGACCCGGAAUAGUGUCCAAGUCUGCUGAUGGAAAAGUUCAAUGCCGUCCUAUUUAUUCUAAAAUUGUUUCUUUGUUCGCUGAGCAAGUUCAACUUCAAUAUGCAGUUCCAGGAGGAUUAAUUGGUGUUGGAACGAAAAUUGAUCCUACUUUAUGCCGAGGAGAUCGUUUAGUUGGUCAUAUUUUGGGUGCAGUUGGAACAUUACCCGAUAUAUUCACUGAAAUUGAAAUCAAUUACUUCUUGUUGCGAAGAUUGCUUGGUGUAAGAACAGAAGCUAACAAGAAGGCAGCUAAGGUUCAAAAGUUAUCUAAGGGAGAGGUGCUUAUGGUGAACAUUGGAUCUCUUUCCACUGGAUGUCGUGUUCUAGCUGUUAAAGGAGAAGCCGCUAAGAUCGCUCUUACUGACCCUAUUUGUACUGAAGUCGGAGAGAAAAUUGCUCUAUCUCGUCGUAUUGAAAAGCAUUGGAGACUCAUAGGAUGGGGUACUAUCAGAAAAGGUGUUACAAUUCAACCAUUGAAGCCAGAACAACUUUAA